AUGGACAACGGCCCGUUCUCUACUUUCUCAGCCCUUCGCGCUGAGACGAGGCCUCACCAAGUCUUGUACCAGGCUUCAAACCUUGGUCGAGGCGAGCAUGUUAUGCGCAUCAAAUUUGAGCAACCUGCGAAUAGAACUCGGAUGGGCGAUUUCACGAUUGAUUUUGCCAACUUGUAUACGACACGAUCGCUGGGUGGGCGACCGCGAAACAUCUAUGAAGAUCAAGCAGCUCCGGGCACCAUGCAGUACGUAUCGAAAAUACCGCCCUCGGCAAUUGCAGGCCUCUCAGUUAGCACUGCUGUCGCUUUUUUCGCGGUUUUGUCCGCUUUAUAUUUGUGGUUCAGGCAACGUCAACGGAAAAUGGGAGACGUGUAUGGAGACAAAAAGUAUGUAGACCUAACUGAAUGA